AUGACUGAAAUCACGCUCCAAAGUCCUCGUGACCACAAUCGUAGAUCGUCCAUCACGUCCCACCAGAAAACAGAUGGGAGACGGUUACUUGCGGAGUCUACGGCCACCAAAAUCGAUGGUAGCUCGCAAGUAAUUAACGGUAGCGUUAUCGAUGGCAAGAGAACUGGCUCAGUCGGAAAACAUAGCCUUGAGGCUGGUUCUGUCAAAAACAACAGCAAACUCGCCAACGGAAAUAUGGACCCAAAGAGCUUUAUUGCGUUCUUCUGUAGGGACCGUUGA